UCUCCUGCCUGGCCCUCCUGGCUUCUCCCCUCCCCUUCCCUUCACGCCCUCCAUUUCUGUUUGAGCCAGCUCCCCCAGCUCCAUUCUCUCCCUUUCCCCUUGCCUGCCUCCUUCCCCUCAUCUCUGUCUCCCCUCCACUCCCCUUUUCUCCCUCUCUUGACCUUUCUGUCUUCCUUCCUGCCUCUCCCAGAGCUCCCCCAGACCAGCCUCCCGCCUCCCGAGCCCUGCCCUUAAGUGUUUGCUUUCCUCCCGGAUCUGGAUGAAGGGGUUGCCCUGCCCAUGCCCUGUCUUGCCCCACUGCUGGCUGCUGGGGUCUUGCCUCAUGGCGGAGGGCUCCCGGACUCCAGCCCUGGGGGCUGGACCCCCACUCAGCAUCCAGCUGCUGAGAGCCCAGUAUGAAGGCCAGAGACAGCAGCAGCGGGCCCAGGCCCACGUGGUGAUGCUCCGGACAGGGGGAAGCAUGCCAGCACCUGCGGAUGUGGUGCUCAACGCCGUCUGGAUCAACAAGGAGAGGAGGCCCUCGCUGGCCCCGGGGGAGGCAGCUCCUGAGGUGGGCAAGGGGCACGACGUGGCUGACGGAGGCCGCUUGCAGCCCCCUGAGUCUCCAUGGCACACACAUCUGGAGAUGCACCGCUUGGGCCAAACUUCCCACCAGGAAAUCAGUGGUCAGGCUAAACACAAGGGCAACGUCACAGGAUCUGAGCAGAGCCCACGGCAGGAUGGAGACCCAGGGUGGUCUGCAAACUGCCAAGGACCCCGGCGCGGGUCCCGGGUCCCAGAGGCAGCACAGAGUGCGUGUGAGAUGACAGGUGUUCAGACAAGGGCGGCGGCGGGGUCUGCCUUAAACAGGGCCGCUCAGUGUUCCCCUGGGGAGAGCCCGCCGAGGUCUAGGAGACCAGCUCACUACCCGUUUCCCCAGAGGAAGAACCCCAGGAUCUCCCAAGCUGCCCGGAACCUGGGCUUAUAUGGUCCAGUAUGAAGUUCUCCACACACCCAGUGUCUCACCCUUCAGGCCAUGUGUGGCUUCAUCAAAGAACCCAGGAGAAUGGACCAGACUGCCAGCCUCUAGCCCAGGGAAAACCCUGACUCUCUCCACCGCAGGGCCCGUGGGACAUGGACAGACCAUGGACAUGUGGGCUUGUCCCUUCAGAAAAAGAAAUUGUCCCGUCCAGACUAUGCAGUCCAGGAUGGAAGCGUACCAUCGGACCAGGGCUCGUGUCAGAAGACAGUUGUCGAGGCCGGCCUGUGGCACACCUGGUUGAGCACACACACUACAGUGCGCAAGGACCCGCGUUCGAGCCCCCGGUCCCCACCUGCAGGGGAAAGCUUCACAAAUGGUGAAGCAGGGCCGCAGGUGUGUCUCUUGUCUCUCUCCUUGUCUAACUCCCCUUCUCUCAAUUUCGCUCUGUCCUAUCCAGUAACAUGAAAGAGAAAAAAAAGGAGAAAAUGGCUGCUAGGAGAGGUGGAAUCCUAGUGGCAGAACUGAACCCCAGCAACUGGAAACAAAAAGAAAAGAAAGAAAGAAAGAAAGAAAGAAAGAAAGAAAGAAAGAAAUAAAGAAAGAAAGAAAGAAAGGAAGGAAGGAAGGAAGGAAGGAAGAAAGAAAAAGGAAGAGAGAGAGAAAGGACACCACUUGUGGAGAAUGGAUGGAGCCUGGAUGCCUCUUCCUUGUGGCACCAUGUCUAGCCAGACACUGAACUAAGACUUUUUAAGCGUACAGCAGGGACCCUAGCUGGGGACAUGAGUCUGGGCUCACUGAGUCUGAGUGACAGCCUGCUCCGUAUCUUCUGUGAUUCCUCACACGUUCUGGGGGCUGAGCUGGGGGGAUCGCUGCUUCUGGCUGCUCUUCCCAGAGAGGAGCUCCCUCAGGAGUCCCUGCAUCCUCUGGCAGCCACUGAAGCAUUUUCUUGUUAGAGGCCGGGUGGUGACGGUGGUGCAAGUGGCACCAGCUGCAAGGGCCAGGCCUCCAGCCCCAGUUCCCACCUGCAGAGGGAGGCUUCGUUAGUUGCCAGUCCCUGUUCGGGCGCUAUUUGCCGGUCUAGCUUCAUGGGCGGGAGACAGACGACCAGGGACUCAUGGCUGAGCUGGGAGGCAAUAUCUCCUUUAUUAAUCAGAGACAUCGCCUUUUAUGCAUCUCUUCACCGGAAGUGGCAAGGGAAAGGAAAUGACUAGGAGAGGGGGCGGAGCAAAAAAAGAGUGUGAACAGAACAUAGCAAGCUUCCAUCUAACCAGUGGGGAUUAAACCAACACCCUGCAGGCAGGGCGGGACCCAGGUAUAACAGUGAUUAUGUGAACAGACCACAUCGUAAGUAAUACAAGCGAACCUAAUGUGAUGAUCAAAACAGAAGGUCUUAGAAGCAGAAUUUAGAAGCACACCAACAAUUAGUGGUGAAGCAGAGCUGCAGGGCUGUCUGUCUGUCUAUAUCUCCCUCUGCCCUCUCAAUUUCUCUCUGUCCUAUCAAAUAAAAAGAAAGGAAAAAUGGCUGCUAGGAGUGGUGGAUUCAUCCUUCGGUCUAUUUACAUUUCUGGUGGCAAUUUUAAAAAAAAAUCUAAAUUGGGGCCAGACGAUAGUGCACCUGGUUGAGCUCACGCAUCACAGUGCUCAAGGACCCAGGUUCAAGGCCCUGGUCCCCAUCUGCAGUGGCAAAGCAGGGUUUCAGGUGUCUGUUUGUCUCUUUCCUUUUCUAUUCCCCCCCUCAAUUUCUCUCUGUCUCUAUCCACUAAUAAGUAAAUAAAUAAAUAUAUUUUAAAAUCUAAA